UCAAACAAAGACUGUUAAAAGCAAGUUACCUGAUAUCUACAGUUUCAGAUUUUGUUCCUGAAAACAUCAGCAUCCUUGGAUUUUUAACAGCUGGAGUUUGAACUGGAUAAAGGAGAAAAUGACUGCAGUGAGUGAGUCGCUCUGCUGUACUCUGCUGCUUUUUGUCUGUGUGUCUGCAGAUAAGAAAAACAUCACAGCUGAGUCUGGAAAGAACGUCACUCUGCCAUGUCAAGCUUUAAACACCAUCAUAGGUGUAGAGUGGAGCAGACCUGAUCUAAAUGAAGAAUAUGUCCUUUUGUACCGGGAUGGGCACUUUGAUCCAGGCAGUCAGCAUCCAUCAUUCAAGAACCGGGUGGAUCUGCAGGACAGACAGAUGAAGGAUGGAGACGUGUCUCUGAUUCUGAAGGAUGUGACGACUGCUGAUAGUGGAACAUACGAGUGUCGCAUCAGGGAGUCAAAGAGCAGAGGUAUUCAUGAAGGUGGCCCCAACAACAUCAUCACCCUGAGUGUUGUUGAUCCUCCAGGUCAGCUAAUAAUCGAAAAGGUCAGCGUGGGAGAGAAGAUAAAUGCUCCAUUUGGACUCAUAGUCGCUCAUUCAAUUUCUGCUGUGCUUCUUGUUGGUGGGUUUUGACCUACAGAAAACAUGAAGACAAGCAGACUCAACUGAACCAGCAUGUCUGAAAUUUCUCUGUUUGUUUUUGUUUUCAGCUUUCAGCUUUAUUUGUGAAAUGCACGUUACCACAGGUUCAACACUGUAAUGAAAUGUGUUAGAUGAGCAUAAGACAAGUCUUUGAGCAGUGUAAUACAAUACACACUAAUAAUAGUAUUGAGUAUAAUACACUAACACUAUAGGUUAAAUAAAUAUAUAAAUAUAAAAGAAAAAUUUAAGCACUAAAAUU